AGCAGAGUGGGAGCAGGCAGCCUGCAGACUCCAGCCACCUCCAGCAUGACCACGGCAGGGCUUUUGGUGCUCCUCUCCUUCGCGCUUUGCUGCGUCCCAGAUACUGCCUUUGGGAUUGAGGUGGACUGCAGCACAUAUCCCAACACCACGAAUGAGGAGGGCAAAGAGGUGCUGGUCUGCAGCGAGUCCGUCAGCCCCAUCUGUGGCUCCGACGGCGUCACCUACGGCAACGAGUGCCAGCUCUGCGCCUACAACGGAGAAUAUGGAACCAAUGUCAGCAAAGACCACGAUGGAGAGUGCAAGGAAGUUGCCCCUGUGGAUUGCAGCAGGUACCCCAACACAACCAGUGAGGAGGGGAAAGUGGCGCUGAUCUGCAGCAAAGACAUCAGCCCCGUCUGCGGGACCGACUGGGUCACCUACGACAACGAGUGCCUGCUCUGUGCCCGGAGCCUAGAGGCUGGAACCAGUGUUGGCAAGAAGGCUGAUGGUGAAUGUAAGAAGGAAAUUGUCACAGUUGACUGCAGUGAUUACCCCAAACCUGUCUGCUCACUCGACUACAUGCCUCUCUGUGGCUCUGACAACACAACAUACAACAAUAAGUGCAUCUUCUGCAACGCAGUCGUGGACAGCAAUGGGACUAUCACUUUAAGCCAUUUUGGAAAAUGCUGAGUAUCGGUGCCAAGGGAAUUCACCACAAGAUCCUCACUGGAAAAUCCCAGAUAAAGAUCUCACCUCAG